AUGCUAUGGUCUGGAAGCUCGCUCGCUCAAGGGACAGUCUUCCGAAAACGCAAAAGCUCGAACCAUGGCAGCCACCAGCAGAACUGCCUGACGAACCACCACGUGUAUCUGAUGUGGUACAAUAACGUCUCCGGCAUGUUCAGCAGUUUUCCUGGCAAUCAACGUCCAGUCAACAACAUCUGGCUACUUUUCUCAUCUGCCAUGCUUGCCUGGCCCGACGAGCUGGAGACUCUUUCGGGCUACUGGGAUAACUAUCCUAGUCGCGCCCUUGAGAUGCUUCAUUGUGGAUUGUUUCUUUCCGCUCUCGCUCUUAGGCAAAUCAUGCUGAUGGCCGCUUCGAAUCAAUAUGCAAGGCUCGGCACUCGAAGCGGGCAGACCGACUGGAUACACAUCCAGGCCAAAGGUUCAAGGAAACUUUACGCACCCUUCGUAAAGGUUGCGAACCCGAAGGCUGAAGGUUCUGGACCCUUUAUGCGCUUCCACACGCAGCAUCAAGCGGCUAAUAACGUGCGCCGGCCGAGCCUACUGCACUCUCGGCCCACGAUUCGGGUCACCGACUUGAAGAAUACCCCAGGCUUCCAUGCCGAACUUCAGCCGCACCGCGAUCUCACGGAUGUUGUUCGUGUCUCGGAGAAUACACAUCUCGUAAGGCAGCUGGUCGGGGUCUACUCCGUCUGCCCGCGAUGGCUCAGCUACCACUUUGCGAUCCAGCUUAAGCGGGAUGUAACGGACCAUCUGGCGCUCACUCACGACCUGCCAGAUCCUUGGACUUUGACGGACCAGGGAUCCCUGAAGGUAGGGCUCGCCAUCGCAGAGAUACCGACUGUUUGGUUCUCACACGCGUGUGAUAUCGUCGUCUUGGAACAGCCUAAACCCCAUAUUAGCGCGCCAUUCUUCAACAACUUGGAGUUGGCAGCCAGUUGUGUUAUCUCUGACAAGAGAGUGACAACUAACUCCUCCACGUGGACCUGCGACACUGGCACCAAGCUCUAG